UGCAACCCAGAAGUCAGUUCGCCAUCGGACGUCAUGGCCAAGAUGGGACGCGCUCUUGCUCUGCUGCUGGCUGUUGCUACUACCGUAUCCGCCCAAACUACCCAACCAUGUCCUUCUGGCUGGAGGGCAUUCAAUGGAAACUGCUACUAUUUUGGGGAUAUGAAAUACUGGACCGAAGCCAGAGAUGACUGUCUGCAAAGAGGCGCCGGUUUGGCUAUUAUCACGGAUUCGGCUACAAACGACUAUAUCGCCAACAUGGGCAAGCUGGAGAAUCACGUCGGUACCUAUGAUACCCAGUUCUGGCUUGGUUUGAAUGACCGGGCAACUGAGGGUGACUUUCGUUGGACUGACGGAUCCAAGCCCACUUAUGAGAACUGGGCUCCCGGCGAACCGAAUAAUUCGGGAGAUGAAGACUGCGCGCAGAUUUACGUAAACUCGAAAGAGUGGAAUGAUGCCGGAUGUUCUUCGGCUAUAUGGCACUACGUUUGCCAACUGAAUUACGAUGUGGAUGAAUGUGCCAAUGGAUUAGACAACUGUGAUCCCAAUGCUUCCUGCACUAACACUCCUGGUGGUUUCACUUGUGCAUGUAAUGCUGGCUACACCGGGGAUGGUACAACUUGCACUGCAGAUGACACUUUCCUCUGCUCUGACGGGCAAACCAUUCCUAAAGAGUGGGCUUGUGAUCGUACCGUGGACUGUCCCGGUGCUGAAGAUGAACUGAAUUGCGGAGUGUAAAGCCUUAAGAUCCGAAUUCUGAAGCUUUACAUGGACUGGCCUAACUGACAAGUGGUUGCAAGAAAUAACAGACUUGCCUUCAAUUUGACAAGCUCUGUUUCCUUCUUCGUUUUGAAUCUUUCUUUCGUUUUUUUUGAAUUUGCAUGCUUUCAAAUUCUCAAUGGUAAUCUCCAAAAAUUGAAAAUAAUGUAUGUAGUGUAAGGACAAUAAUAUCUAUUAAUAUUCGUAUUCUGUUUCCUUAGAUCAUUUUGAGCAUGUCGAGUAAGCUGCUCAAAUUUACGCGAAUUCGUGGCUAUUUAAUAUUCGUCUAAGUAUAUCGUCCAUUUGCUGCAAAUCCUACAGGUUUGGGUAUGCAAAUUUAUGCGCGACGCAAUCUUGGUUAGCAACGACACGAAGUCUUUUGAUGCGUUGAUAACAAUCAGCUGAUCCUAUCACAUGAAUGCUUAACAACAUGGCUGCCUCCCUUUACACAUUCAUGGUAACGCUGACAGAAUACAGAAGACAGAAAGAAGUACGUUUUAUGCACUGCUUUGAGAAACAACUUCAAAUGACAUUUUAUUUUAGCUCCAAACUGGACCGAAGGCAUCGAUAGUACACGCCCGUUGAAUGGUCACAAUUUGUUCGUCAAAAGCGAUAGUAAUGCAUAAUUAAUCACCGACUGUGCAUACAUAUUACAGAUGUUUGCUGUGCGAACGUCUAUUUCUUUCUUUCAAUUUGACUGUAUUUUUUUGUUCAAGUUGAAUUAUGUUUACUCAGUCAUGUUAAUCAUUUAAAUAAAUACAUCCCGAAAGCUUGAUUGGUAAGUCAAAUCAUUGUGAUUCUGACCACGGAGCCGAAGAAAGUCAUAUUCGUUUGAGUCAGCAUUAAUUGUGAGAAGUGGUUAAAUGUAAAUC